CAGCAGCGCCAUGAUAUCUAAGGUGGCGGUGACGUGGUGCCUCCUGACGGUGGUGUUGGGAGCCGAGGACCGCUGGAUCUGGGGAGACAACCGAGGCAGGGAUGGCCUCAGAGGAGAACACACAGUGGCCAGACCUUUGGUCAAGGGGAACAGGGCCUCGGCGUCCACCUCAGCACCGCUCUUUCAGUCAGCCGGAGGGAAAAAUGUACUAAGUGACGACCCGGGUGAGUUUGGACGUUACGAGAUAUUUGAGGGUGGUAAUGGUCCAGGAGGACCCAACGAGUUGCCUCACCGGCCUCCUAUACGACCUCCUACCCAGUACCCUGGACCCAGGCCUGGUCUGCCGCCUCCGCCGCCUCCACUGCCUCCAAAACUACCUCCCAAGCUGCCCCCAGGUCCGCCACCCCCAGGCACCCCUGUACUAACUGGUCCUGUACCCUCCUGGGAGCGUCCGCCACCUCCCAAGAACGGCGAUCCUACCAGCUUCGACACAUGCAAGUGUGUCAACUCCUUCAACUGCAAAUCUCCAGGUCUUCAGUUUGGAAGCUGUGACGUAGGAAAGUCCUACUGCUGCUACAACAACCCCGGAUUUGGAGUGUACCAAGGGUCAGGAGGUCCUGGGGCCUUUGGGAACAAGGAAGCGGGCCCUGCGGUUUUGGCGGGCCCCGGGGGCCCCAUCGAUAAGCUGAGGCCCGAUUUUCCAGGCCCUCUGGGCCGCCCUUUCCCGGACGAGCCGUUCUACCCUCGACCGCCUCCCCCCGGACCACUACCGUACGAUGAUGACGUCAUCAACCCUCGCUUGGUUGACAUCAAAGCUCGGAGAGGUAAAGCCAAGGCUUAGUCAAGCCUUCAACCAAGUGUGGCGUUCCUCAAGGAUCUACUCCGGGACUGUCGAUUUUUUAAAUUUUCAUAACUUUUUGUAUUGUUCAAGUACAUCUUGUAUAUACGUCUGAAGCAAUCUUGUAAAUACAUGUAUAUAUUGUUUUAUAAGUAAUACAUGAUAAAUUUAUGGUAAAUACUAAAUUUGAGAAUAGUCAAAUGAAAUGAGAAACAUCAAGAAGAAAAACAGACUGUAGGUGUAGAAUUAAAAUUUAAUUGUAAACUUUAAAAUCAAAGAUAACUUUAUUAAGAGUAGCUUUAAGUUAAUGGUACUGUAGUGUUCACUACAAAAGCUUUCUUUACAUUCAAUAAGUAACUAAGUAUGUUUAAAGUUUAUUUUAUCAUCCACGAUUGUGAUAAGUUGUUGUUUUGCAAACUAAACAUAACCUUAUUUAGUUAAGUAAGUGAAAUGGUGGAAUUUAAAAUUUAGAAUUGUAAUUGUAGAAUUAUUGUAAACUCUGGAUCUGUGAUAAAUUAAACAUGUAAGUUUUGUAUCUUUUUCAUACAACUUGUUUUCAAUUACAACAACAAA